UCUUACAGAUUUCUUCUUCCUUUUGUCUACGGACACGUUGUGAGCACGUUGUUUAGUGAUUUUAAGAGUGAAAUCUCUAAAAAUGUCGUCCCAUUUAAAUUGGAUGAUCAUCCGAAACAACAACGCAUUUCUUGUGAAAAAACGUAACAUCAAGAAGCCAUUCAGUAAGGAGCCUAACAAUGUGACUAACCUCAACUCGUUCAAAUACAAUGGCCUGAUCCACAAAAAAGCAGUUGGUGUUGUUGAAAAUCCCGACAGGAAAGGCUUCUCUGUGGUAUACAAAAAGGCCAAGGCUACAAAUAAGCCAGCGAAGAACCUUAUCAGUCGCCCGUUUAAAGCUGGCGCCAGAAGAUCUCUCCACAAAGUGAAGCGGCUUCUCAGAGCCAACAACUACCGUACUGACUUGGCCAAGGCGACCCUUCGUCGUGCUUCUGCCAUCCUUCGUUCCCAAAGGCCCGUCAAGGCAAAGAAACCUAAAGCCGCUGCCGCCAAGUCUGAAUAAUUAUGUUCGUAAGCUGGUAAUAAAAAAUUAAAAAAAUUA